UUAACACCAACGUGUACUUGCUUGAUCGACUUCUUUCAGGGAUGAAGCGUCUACUUUGGUUUUUGUUAUUUUUAUCUACAAUUCAAAAAGUUACGAACACAACAACAGUUAAUAAACAUCAGCCCAAACUCAAUGUUUUAUUAAUAAUAGCUGACGAUUUAGGAAUUGGAGACUUAAGUUGCUAUGGAAACAAAAAUAUUAAAACCCCAAAUCUUGAUUUACUUGCCUCAGAGGGAUUAAAGUUCAACAGAAUAUAUUCGUUUCCAUCAGAUUCAGGAAGCAUGUCUGCAAUCCUAACGGGUCAGGAGCCUAGGAAAUUUGGUCUUGUUAAGGGCAUUAACAAGUGGCCAGACUUCUGGAGUCCUUCCCAAUCUGGAGGUCUAUUACAGCAGCAUGGGGAAAAGAACAUAGGGAGGAUGUUUAUAGAAAAUAAAAUGAACUCCUUCUACAGCGGGAGAUGGGGCCUAGGAUUCCAACCCGAUUCCUUACCUACAUCCAGUGGAUUCUUGUCCUUCUUUGGCACCCCUGGAUCUCACAGUAUGGGCUGUUCUAAACAAAAUCACUUUUCGGAUUCUAAUCUUUUCUGGCAUAAAAUAACAGAUUCUGCACCAAUACUUCUCAGUCUGACUGCAAUGAUUUUGAUUUCAAAGUUUCAUUCAGUGAUAAAAUUGAGAACUUGCAUACUUCUGUUUUGUAUGCUAGUGAUCACUAUUGGACUGCUUCGUGUCUUUUGUUGGAUGACUCUAUUUAAUCCAAAUGCCUGUAUUUUUAUGGAAAAUAAUGUUAUCAUGGAACAACCAUACACAGAAGAUGUAUUGUCACUUAGAUUGAUAAAGAAUGCUAUACAUUUUUUCAAUUAUAGAGCCAAAAAUAAUGUGCCUUUUCUGUUUGUAAUGUCCUUUCUUCAGCCAAAGUUUCCACAUCUUAGAUCAUCCCCAUUCCAGAACAAGACCAUGUCUCCCUAUUAUGACUCAGUAGUUGAACUUGAUUGGAGUAUUGGAAAGGUUUUGCAAGCUUUAGAAAAAAACAACCUGAAAAACAAUACCCUGGUAAUUUUUGUUUCUGACAAUGCUCAAUCAUUUACUCAUCCAGUGACUAGGCUUCCACUUCCUCUUCAUCAUCAUGGAUCCAACGUUUUUAAAGCAAAUAAAAUGACCAUAAAGUUACGAGGAGAAAAGGGUUCCAAUUUGGAGGGCGGUUUACGAAUUCCUGCAAUAAUGAGACUACCCGGAAAAAUAAAAUCUAACUCAGAAACAAAUAUAGUAGCCUCACUAACAGACAUAUAUCCAACCAUAAUGGAUUACUACAACAUUGAGAAAACAAUGGAUGAUCGAUUACUGGAUGGGAAAAGCUUAUACCCAGUGUUUGAUAAUCCCGGUUUAUUCCCCUCGUCUUCUCUCCAUGAUCAGCUCUAUCAUUACUGUGAUACAGGACCUGUGGGGGCAGUGACUGUAGGAAACCUAAAAAUUCUCCUCAGAAAUGGAACAGAGACGGACUGUUCAGGACCACUUCUUGAGAACCCCCUAAUCUUUAAUAUUUCCUCUGACCCAGGAGAGUUACAUCCCUUGCCUAUCAAGGCACAUAUGCCCCUUUUAUAUCACAUCAAGGCUUCCCUCAAGAAAUAUGAAAUGACAGCUAAUCUCCACAAGAUGAAGUCUGCACAGUAUGAUGAAAUUCCAAAUCCUAUGGAUUUUCCAUGUGUUGAUCUAUUCGACUGCACCAAAACUUAUGUUGAUGAUGAAUUUAGUACAUUGUUUCAUGAGUAAGCAAAUAGCAAAUACAUGAAUUUGCACUGAACUUCAGUAUUGUUUAUAGUUGCAAGAAAAUAUAUAGUUAUCAAGAUAAUGGUUGCAGCAUGAUGGCUGUAGCAUAAUAUACAAUACUGGGUAUAUAUGUAGGCAAUAGACCUUGCAUUUUUUGUUUUUGGUGCUUUUAUACUG